AUUGAGUUUUAAGCUCAAAAAAUUGAAAAUAACAAAUACAUUUAUAGUUCCUUUGCCUUUUCAUUUUUGUACACAGUAUUCAGGAAAAGUCUAAAAAAACAUGAGUUUGUAAUUUUCUCAAGGAAAUUUCGAGACUAUUUCAAAAUUAUCUGUAAUACCAAAACAAUGGCCAAUAACACAAAUGCAAGGAAGUUGGUACAAGUGUCCGAAGAAGCGGCACCACCUGUGCAGAUGCCCGUUGUGGUGGGCAAUGAACUCUUUGUGCUCACACAGCAGGAUAUUCGACGGGUGGAGGACAUCCGCGUCCUUAGCUACAACCGGGUGUCGAGCAAUGGACAGAUCUGCCCCAUGGGUGUUGCUCCUCCAGUGAACAAUGCAUUCAGCCACGCUGCCAUCCAGACGCCUCUGCUGCCAACCUGCCACGGUGGCACCAUAGAGGACCUGAUGCCCCCGAAACAGGCAAGGUUUCUCCUGAAUAAUGAGGAUGAGGGGAAGCAUCUGCUCGCGUCCCUGCACAAUGUUUCAUCCCGACCUCCGAAAACAGUGGCCAGCGUGGCCACCCAACUGGGCUGGUGCAAGCCCACGGAGGAGCCGCGUGUCAGCUUCACUCUCAAGUUAAACGCUGCCACCUCCACUGGUGGCCUGAUGACCAGUAUUGGCUGCCAGAAAUGCUCUACGGGUGAGAAGCGCCACACCAGCUGUCAGACCCAGACCUCUCAAUCUCGGAGUCCAACUCCAGAUUCGACACCCAAGCCUGCUAUCGCUCCAAAUCCUAGCAAGAAGACGCAACACGCCUGCUGCCAGACACUGGACAACAAGGCCCAUAAAGCAUGCAACACCUCAACCAGCCACGUUGUUUGGAAGACCUCGUCGACGCCAGGCUCGACUGACGAAGCGGAUACCAUGUCGGAUGAACCUGCUGGUCGGUGCGGCUGCCGGCACUGCAAGUCGAUACAAGUAACGCAGCAUCCCAGAUGCCCCGCGGAUGAUCCCUGUACAUUUCAAUCGACCAAUACCGAUCCCUGUGCCCAAUAUCAGCAGAGGCUGAGGGACUUAUGCAGUCGAGAUGAACAGGGACUCCACUCGAGGGGCUCCAAUCCUCGCAGCCAAAGUUACUCUCCCGCUCCCGUCACACAAAAUAGCCAGCUGAAGCUCUUUCCGUACAAGCAGAAUCGUUAUUACAGGGAGUUGCAGGACGACCGAAGGCGGCACCUGAAGAAAUCGCAGGAUGACUGUAGUAUGACAGAGUAGAAGCAUCAAUGACCUUUCUUACCUUUUUCAUAUAUUUCUACCACUGUUGGCUACUUCAAUAAAAUUACGUAUUUGGUAAAUAA